UUCCACUCCCCUCUCCUCCGCUCUCUGGUGGACUCCAGCCACUGCACCGUCUGGCUCCUGCAGGAUUUCCUCCCAGUCCCUGCCCCAGAGCGGCCGCCUUGCAUCUUGGGCGUCUCAGUUCCUGAGUGAGCACGCUCGGUGGCCAUGCGCUCCGACGAUGACGCCCGGGAAGUGGCCACAGAUGUCUUUAAUUCUAAAAACCUGGCCGUGCAGGCACAGAAGAAGAUCUUGGGUAAAAUGGUGUCCAAGUCCAUCGCCACCACCUUAAUUGAUGACACAAGUAGUGAGGUCCUGGAUGAGCUCUACAGAGUGACCAAGGAAUACACCCAGAACAAGAAGGAGGCGGAGAGGAUCAUCAAAAACCUCAUCAAAACGGUCAUCAAGCUGGCUAUUCUGUAUAGGAAUAACCAGUUUAAUCAAGAUGAGCUUGCGCUGAUGGAGAAAUUCAAGAAGAAAGUUCACCAACUUGCCAUGACCGUGGUCAGCUUCCAUCAGGUGGAGUACACCUUCGACCGGAAUGUGUUGUCCAAGCUGUUGAACGAGUGCAGGGAGAUGCUCCAUCAGAUCAUCCAGCGCCACCUCACCGCCAAGUCACACGGACGGGUUAAUAAUGUCUUUGAUCAUUUUUCAAAUUGUGAAUUUUUGGCUGCUUUGUAUAAUCCCUUUGGAAGUUUUAAACCUCACUUACAAAAACUUUGUGAUGGUAUCAACAAAAUGUUGGAUGAAGAGAACAUAUGAGCCAGUGCAGUAAGACUGUAACUGUGAUUUAUCUGAAGAUGGGACACUGCUGAUUCAUGAAGGAAAAAAGAAUUUUUUAAAGAUCACACAUAUUUCAGGAAGACAUUGCUCAAUUCAACCGUCAGACAUUAAUGGUAGUCCUUUUUAUGAGGCUUGUUUUAUUUGAAGAAAGACAUAUUGCCAAAAGUUCUGGUUAAAAGCUUCUUAAUGAGGACCAGAUUUGAGAAGGAUGAAUGCAAAUGUAGAGUUACUCGAAGGAAAAUAAGUGUGGCUCCAAACUUUAUGACUUUUUUAAAGAGCAAUUGUUGGUGGCUAAUAUGUACAAAGUUACCUAUUUUGAUUCAGUUUUGUUCCUUACUAUAUACAUGUACCUUUUUUUCAAAGCCAAGAGCUUUCUUUUGCUAUUAUUGCUUCUUUUGAAACAAUUCUAUAUUCAAGUUUACCCUAGAUGCUUUGUUAAAGGUUGUGUCAUUGAUAUUCAAGGAUUAUAUCUGAGGCAGUCACACUGAACCUCAGAAAACUGUAUUCUGAAAUCAAAACUGUGGAAAUGAAUGAUACUAGACAUUAUGAAUGUGUCCAGUAUAAUAACAUACUUUUGAAAUUGAGUGUUGCUUUGUAGUACCAACAGUGAUGCUUAAGUUCUCAAAACUGUAAUAGCAUCUCAUUGCCUUGAAAUGCUUGCCUUAGGGCUUACCCUUGACAUCCUAAAAAUGUGCUGAUAAAAUCUCCAUUGUUAACCUCUCUUUCAUGUGUAAGAGGCAAGAGAGAAAAUCUAGAUAAGUCUGAUAGGGGCACAACACAAGCAAGUAGAACUAAAAAGAUUCAAGAAUCUUUGUUUAGAGAUGAACCCAUCAAAAUAAUUCAGGAGAUUGAAGGAUCAAAGGGAAAAAUUUUGCUAAAGAACGUGACCAUGAAGAUAAAUGCAUUUCAAUGUUUUUUUUUUUGAAAGGUUUGAUAAAUAAAGAAUGCCACUUUUAUAUUUA